AUGGCUGCAUCCUCAUCAACCGAAGCGCAGAGGGUCACGUUCGGCAUCGAACUUGAGUUCCUAGUUCCAUAUCUCUGGUCCGAUGAAGCAGAUCCCGAGGCGGAUACGGAUGAGAGACAGGUGAUUCGCCUCUCACAAGAAGAUGUGGGUCCGGGAGAAGUGUUCCUGACAGCACAUGAUCGAAUUAAAAACAUCCUCCGGGACUUUCUUCGUCCGGCACUGUUCGCUGAACCUAGUUCUUUCGACGAUAUCAAGCGCGUGGUGAGUCUGCUUACCAAUAACUUCCGUCUCAGGAUCAAUGAGACCACCGGGUUCCAUGUCCACGUCGGAAUGGGCUCCCAUCGGCUACCGCCGCGUGCUCUACAUCCACCGGAGCGCAUGCUUAGCCAGCAUUGUCCGACCAUCAGGCACGGUAGCCACCUAGCGCAAGGCUAUAAUUCCCAGCGGUUCAAUUACAACCUCAUACCCUAUGACUUUCAGGCUGGCGAUUUACCGAUGCGGAUGACAGUCGAGUUUCGGGAAGCAACCGGGUCGCUCCACCCUUCAUGGGUUGCAGCUUGGGGUAAGACGUGCUCCAGAAUCGUAGAGUUCUGCCUCGACGCCGAAGAAACCGCAUUCGCAGACUUGAUCCAGCGCCUUCUGGAGGCCGAACUAGCAUUCGAAGCCAACCGGGAAGAGUCUCAUCGUUAUGAUGUAAUCGACUUGCUCAAUGACCUUGGCUUGCGCAACGAGGCCAGACUUGUCGAGCAGAAGAUUCUGCUGGGGGACAGGAACGUCUUUUGGUUCCCGUGUACUCUGGAAGAGAACUCCCCAGACGACCCCUCCGGUGCAUCAAUCAUGGUGCCGUCAGGCAAUAAGGACUGA